ACUGAUCUCUUUCUCGUCGAAACGAACAGAGCGCCAACUGAAGGCCCAGCUGAGCGUUCUGUGUUCCCGUGUGGGCUAUUCCAUCCUGCCCGUCUCCCUGGCCCUGUUCUCCAGUGGUAUCCUGACCCAGUUUGAGUUGGAUCAGGUCCAGGCAACUCCAACUAUGUACCAACAGACCUAUCAGCUCCUGUCCAUCUGUCUGUCCAAGGGAGAGAAGGCCUGCUGCAGCUUCUACCAAGCCCUGAACAGCGAGGACCCUCAGCUGGCUUCAGACAUCAGGGAAGACCCAGGAGCCAGUGGUCCGGCAGAAGAUUUGUCCGCUCUUUCCCUGGUCAGCACAGCUCCCAGCACCGUUGAGGCAGUGCAGGACACUGGAGAAACGGAUGCGGAGGAUAAGCUUGUCUCAGGAAACAACCCACACUCAGGUGUGCUCCAGCAGGUGUUGGCUCUGCUGGAUGUGUGUCCAGGUGCAGGCCCCAGCCUUAACGUGUGUGAGCUGGGGGUGGCUGUGGGUCUGCCCAGACGGACGGUCAGGGAGAGCCUCCUGGAGGAGGCGGGCGUGGGGGAUGUCUCUCAGCUCAGGGCUCUCACCACCCUGUUCCUCCACAAGACCCAGGACGCCGGCCGUCUCCUGGCCAGGGUUAGGGAAUGCUCCACAGACAGGGUUCUGCUCUCUGGAAGAGGAGGCCUUUUACUGAAGCUGCUGCUGGAAGCCGAGGCCUUGUUCUACACUGACACCAAUCUGUGUACCGGUCACACUCUCCAGGAUGACCAGCGAGACCAGGACCCGAAAGACAGAGCGUUGCUAAUCUUUAGCUAUCUCCUCUGGGAGAUCACGGCGGAGGCCCUGGAGGACUGUGGGCCUGGAGCAGAGCUGGGAGGGGACGUGAAGGCCGCGGUGCGCCUGCUGAAGGGGAGCGCGUGCGUGCAGGCCGAGCUGCUCCAGGAGUUAGAGGAGUGUUUGACUGAAGGGGGGACUGAGAGCUUGCUGCAGAGCAUCCGAGUCCUGGCUCAGGUGCUGCGUGACCUCUACCCUCUCCAGGACAGUUGGAGGCUCUCCCCACCAGCAGAUGGCGCCGUGUACUCCUGCCAUCCACACAGGCUUCACAGAGUCACCUCUUUCCUGGGCUUAGCUUCCCGCAUCACCCGCAGAGCCCUGUGCCCUGGGUCUCUACUGGAAACUGCCUCUCUCCCCAGCCAAUACAGGGAGGUCUGCCUCGGCAUCGCUCGCCUGCUGGACAGAGUACAACCACAGGGGGGUGCUACAGAUCUCUCCCAGGCCCCCACUAGUACCAUCACCCAACACAUCCACUCCAUCUUGUCCCUGCCGGCGUUCAGGCCGCAGGCCUUUGACGCAGGGGUGAGACACAGGAUCCUGGCUGUGCUAGAGUUUGACCCUGUUCUUCUUGGCCUGAGACUGUUGCUGGAUUUGCACAGGGACACACUGAUGGCUCUGGGCCAGUACCUGAAACCUUGUGAUCAGCACUCCUUUCAGCUCGUCCCAGAGACGGUCCAGAUACUUGGAGGGGCGGUACUAAGCUGGGUUGGAAGAGUCAGGGGCCCUGUCGCCAUCGACAACGGGAUGGAGGAAGUCCUCCGAUUCGUCAUCUCUGAGCCAACUUCCUUCCUGGUCAGAGUAUUUUGUCGCGGUUACGAUGAGGGGAAGUACUUUGAGGUGCAUGAGCCAAGAUGUGUGCGUGUGUCAGGGCUGGGGGAGGAGGGAGUCGAGGGGGCCCAGGCUCUGGGGGGGACAGUGUUGGCUAGGGAGGGGAACACGGUGUGGAUGAGGGAGGGCUGGCAGGGACAGGAGACAAAGCUGGAGGAGGUCUUGGAGAGACACUCUGCUCAGGCCCACGAGGAGGGCUGCUACUUUAAGGUCACCUCCUCAGUGUCAGAGUGUGAGGUCAAGGUUAUCUGCAAGAGUGGAAGGCUGUCUGCCGUGGUGGAGAGGAACUGUGAGGUUGUUUGAGUUUGGUUGAUACAUAGUAGCUUGUGUUUCCAGACUGCUUCAGCUGCUUGUAUAGUAAAUCUCUAAAAUCACUCUAAAAACUGUAUUAUUGUCGUGAGACAUAAUUUUCAACUUUUUGAUUGAGGUAUUAGUGUACUGCAUGUGUUCAAUAUGCAUUGUGGUGUAAUAAUGUUUGGAAUAAAA